GCGGUAUUUAUAGCGGCUGCGCCAGACUCGCCGCGUCUCUCCCGCUGGCCCCGGCCGCGGCUUUUCCCGGUGUAACGCUUUCCCUGCUCCGCGCCCCUCGGCGAAGGCGCCAUGGAGCGGCCGGCGCCCCUAGCCGUGCUGCCCUUCUCCGACCCUGCGCACGCGCUGAGCCUGCUGCGCGGCCUGAGCCAGCUCCGCGCCGAACGCAAGUUCCUGGACGUGACCCUGGAGGCGGCGGGCGGGCGCGACUUUCCGGCGCACCGAGCUGUGCUGGCUGCCGCCAGCCCCUACUUCCGCGCCAUGUUCGCCGGGCACUUGCGCGAGAGCCGCGCCGAGCGGGUGCGCCUGCACGGCGUCCCGCCAGACAUGCUGCAGCUACUGCUGGACUUCAGCUACACUGGCCGCGUGGCCGUGAGCGGCGACAACGCCGAGCCGUUGCUGCGCGCUGCCGACCUGCUGCAGUUCCCGGCGGUGAAGGAGGCGUGCGGCGCCUUCCUGCAGCAGCAGCUAGACCUGGCUAACUGCCUGGACAUGCAGGACUUCGCCGAGGCCUUCAGCUGCGCCGGGCUGGCGAACGCGGCGCAGCGCUUCAUUUUGCGCCACGUGGGCGAGUUGGGCGCCGAGCAGCUGGAACGGCUGCCUCUGGCGCGCCUGCUGCGCUACCUGCGCGACGACGGGUUGUGCGUGCCCAAGGAGGAAGCCGCCUACCAGCUGGCGCUGCGCUGGGUGCGCGCCGACCCGCCGCGUCGCGCAGCUCACUGGCCGCAGCUGCUGGAGGCCGUGCGCCUCCCCUUCGUGCGCCGCUUCUAUCUGCUGGCUCACGUCGAGGCCGAGCCGUUGGUGGCGCGCUGUCCUCCCUGUUUGCGCCUCCUGCGCGAGGCGCGCGACUUCCAGGCGGCACGUUACGACCGCCACGACCGGGGACCCUGUCCCCGAAUGCGCCCGCGCCCUUCUACCGGCCUCGCUGAGAUCCUCGUGCUCGUGGGCGGCUGUGACCAGGACUGCGACGAGUUGGUCACCGUCGACUGCUACAACCCGCAGACGGGCCAAUGGCGCUACCUGGCCGAGUUUCCUGACCACCUGGGUGGGGGUUACAGCAUCGUAGCACUUGGCAACGACAUUUACGUGACGGGUGGGUCCGACGGCUCCAGGCUGUACGACUGCGUAUGGAGGUACAAUUCAAGCGUGAACGAGUGGACGGAGGUGGCACCCAUGCUGAAGGCCCGCGAGUACCACAGCUCCUCUGUGCUGGACGGACUGCUGUACGUGGUGGCCGCGGACAGCACUGAGCGCUACGACCACACUACCGACUCCUGGGAGGCCCUGCAGCCCAUGACCUACCCCAUGGACAAUUGCUCCACCACCGCCUGCCGCGGUCGGCUCUACGCCAUCGGCUCCCUCGCCGGCAAGGAGACGAUGGUGAUGCAGUGCUACCACCCGGAUACCGAUCUCUGGUCGCUGGUGGACUGCGGCCAGCUCCCACCCUGGUCCUUUGCCCCCAAGACAGUGACUCUGAACGGACUCAUGUACUUCAUCAGGGACGACUCUGCCGAGGUGGAUGUGUAUAACCCCACGAAGAAUGAAUGGGACAAGAUCCCGUCUAUGAAUCAGGUGCACGUGGGGGGCAGCCUGGCCGUCCUCGGAGGGAAGCUGUAUGUCUCGGGGGGCUAUGACAAUACGUUUGAACUCUCAGACGUGGUGGAGGCCUAUGAUCCUGAGGCUCGGGCAUGGAGCGUGGUGGGCCGGCUCCCGGAGCCCACCUUCUGGCACGGGAGUGUCAGCAUCUUCCGCCAGUUCAUGCCCCAGACGCCAUUGGGUGGGCGUGGCUUCGAGCUCGACAGCAGCACCGUUGACAUGGACGUGGGCCAGCCUCGGCCACCCCAGGACCCCCAGGAGCUGCACUAGCCCCGGGCCUGGCCCACGGAGGGCCUCGGUGCAGGUAACCUGGCACCUCAGGGGGUGACGACCCCCUCCUUCAUGCCCAAGGACAGGUCUGGCUCACCAGGUGGAACAGGGGCUCUUGGGCUGCUGAGCGAGCCUCAGAGUCCUAUGCCUGGGUCAUUCUAUGCGCCUAGAACCUAAGUCACAUCUGCUGGGGCCAAGACCAGUUGUGAGUGCCCCUCCCUGGGUCCAGGAAGAGCUUUGCCAGCACAUGUCUCUGGCUCCAUCAGGUAAUCCCCACCACACACACACAGUAAUCUGUCUCCCAGUACUGACAGACUGGCUCCCGCCUCAGGAGAGGAGGACCACUUCGGGAGCGCCAGCGGAGGGGAAUGGGUUCUCCCUUGAGAGCUGGAGAACGGCCUAGGCCUGCCUCCCCACAGACCCUGCUGCCUUGGGCAUUGGGAAUCAGGCUGGCCAUGGCUGUGGUGGGGUCCCAAACUUCACGUCCAGUGCGGGGUAUCCUAGCAAACAGUUUCCCCAGAUGAAGGGGGUCACACACCAAAACACUCCUCGCAGGGGUGGGCUUCCAGCAGGGGAGCUGAGACCCAGGGGCUCAGGGCACUGGGACCGGUGGGACCUCAAAGGGGGCCCAGAGGGAUCUGCCAAGUGUUUGCUGUCUGCAGCGGACCUGGGCUGAGGCAGGCACUGGCCGCCCUUGCCCACCAGCUGGUCUGUUGUGCUCCACUUGCCCCCUGCAGGACUCCUCCGAACUCGUUUGGGUGUAAGAGGGUGAACGCCUGCAGGUGCAAGGUCGUGGCUCGCUCCUUCCUGGCAGGCCCUGGGAGCUUGAGCUUGCCUUUGAAGCCUGGCCAGGCAGACAGCUGCAGGUGCCCUCACCAGCCUGCAGUCCAGAAUCCCGCCUUCUCUAGGGCAGGCCCCAGGCAGUGUAGCCUUAUGGUUGGUUCCAGAGCUUGAAAUGCAGUUCGGCCUUUCCUUAAGCGAAGGGGGCACUGGGAAGCAGGGUCCGGUGUGAUGUGUCACGGAGGCCUGUGGCACUUUCUUCAGGGUGGAGGCGGGGCACCAGGAGCUCCCGGAGAGCCCCACGGUGGGGGGGUACUUUUCUCUCGGAUUGGGAGCGGUUUUGGGGGUUGGGUGGUCCUGUCCUCUCAAGGUCCCCAGCAUAGCUUUGCUUUGCCUUCCCUCCAAAGAGGAGGGUGUUUGCAUGUUCCUCGUUAGGUGCAUUGAAAGCAGGUGCUCAACGAGCAGCCUGUCCCAGUGAACUGAGUGAAGACAUGUCCUUACCGGGAGGACACAUCUUAGCAGUGUUGCGUCACCAGGUGGCACAUAAGACCCUUUCUGGGCACGUGGCCGUGGUUCUGGGGAGGAAGCCUUGUGGUCUUCAGGGUCUUCCCGUGUGGUGUCGUCACUUCAGGUUAGACAUUGUGGUCUGGACACCCUGUUGGAGUGGCCUCAGUUCACAGCUGUCCCUUCCCAUCCCUUGGGCUCACCUGGUCACUCUGCACCCUCUGUGCUCCAGGCACUGCUGGAGGGCAGGUGGAGUCGGCCCCCACAAUGCUGUGUCCUGCCCCGGGACUCUGCUCCCUGGGCACCCUCCCCUGGGUCUCGGCCUUCACCCCUCCUGGCCCGAGCGUUCCCCUGGGGGAGUCGGCUCCCAUCUGGGCCUCUCCACAGCCCUCACUUCACUUCUCAGGGGCGGAUGUUCUGUGCUCUGGCGUGGCUGUCUUCAGUUUCUUUGCAGGCAGAAGCGCCGGGCAUGAUGGCUUGUGACCUGGUAGUGGCAGGGAGUCAGCAGGCAGGGCUGGGCUGUUCGGGAUUGACGGGGCCCUGAUUGUGCACUAGGCACCAAGCUCGGUGCCAGAGACUGCCCUGCUCGGUUAGUGCGGGAGCCAGCCACAUGGGUGAUGUGGUGACCACUCUGACAGGUCAUCUCGGGGCUCCCAGGGGGUGGCUGUGGGCCUUGGGCUCAGGGACUCCUGGCCCUCUUCGUCGGGGCUGUCUCCGCAGAGAGCCCUUUGCAGCUCAAGAAGGUGUGACUUGCAGAGGUGGCCUGUGCUGUGGUCUCCGGAGCUGGGCCCUCCUCCCCUUUCCAGCUAGGCAUGGCCGUGGCCUGGGCAGCAAGGUGUCAUAAAGUUUUGUGGUUGAGACGGGGCUACAAGCGCUCAUUUUUCUUGCAAAACCAGCCUUUCUCUGGCACUCCCUGUAGAGGCUCUCAGGACAGGGGGCCAAUGUCCCGGGCUCUCUCUUCUCAGUUCUUCACUGUGACUGCCCUCAUGGGCCUGACCACCCCACUGUCUGGCGGUGGUCUGGGUGAUGGAGCAGACUAGGUUUGUGUCCUUCUCCAGGUCUCCACCACCCAGACUCUGUCUUCCGUUUAAAAGACUAAGGACGGGAAGGGGAGGCAGCAGCCUUACAACAGCCAGUCCCUCCAGACUCCAGCAGGGGUCCCGGAUCGGGGACAGCCCUCUGGCAUGUCUGCACCCUGGCUCCCCCAACACAGGUUCCAGGUUGCAGGCUCCACCACUUACUGAUGUCCGUUCACAGACUUGGGGACAGAGGGCUGGGCCAGCUGGGGAUGGGACUGUGCCGGUGUGUUGAAUGCACGCACCUAUAUCUGUCUACAAGACAAAUUAAGUUAUGAGAGUUCAGUGGUAGUAUUUAAUGCUGAUCUAUGACAUAUUGUGUAUUUAUGACCCAGAGACACCUCCAGUGUCCACCCAGGUUCAACUCCAGAAGGUGGGUGGGUUUGCAUAUUUAUUUGUCUGUUCUGUAGGCUUCCAUGUCCAGAAGCCUGUAAGGUUUUAGGAUGCCUCCAAUAUGUACUUUUUGAAAUAAAAAUGUUUCCUAUA